AUGUCAUCAAGUUGUUCAACUCAAGCCGUUUUCAUCGAAAGGAAUCUUUCAAGAGCAAUACCGGUCAAUGGUAUGAAAAUGGGCUGUACUCCAAGCCAAUCAUUUCUUUCUUCGACUCUUGAGUGUUUUUAUAAUCAAUCAUGCCUCAAUCUUAUCCAGCACUAUACUGGCUCGAACGCAUCGUCAGGCCCUCUUCCUACGCAAAAAAGUCGCUUCUCCCCGAGUAACACAACAAUAGCUGAACUUGUGAAUGAAUUAUUUCUUGAAGACUGGUCAAUAGAUAAGAAUUAUUCUUUGUACUACGAACAAUGUUCACCACUGGUUUGUUCUUAUACCAUCGUGGAAAAAUUCAACAUAAUCUAUAUCAUCACUCUUGUACUUGGUCUUCAAGGUGGCAUAACAAUAGUUCUCAAAUGGUUUUGUCCAAAGAUGAUUCGCCUUGGAUUCAAAAUUUAUAAUCGACGAAAAAACCAAGUAACCGCUGUUGGUCCUGAUACGACCGAUGAUAUAACUAUUCGACAAACGACAUCGAAUUCUGAAAUCCAACCAACGAACAGUGCUGUGACACGCAAUCGAUCGUUUCGAAAAAUCAUGUGUACAGUCAUUCUUGUUAUAUGUGUAGCAAUUGGUAUUAGUUGCUUUUCGAUCUAUUAUGCUUACAAAAACCGUUUGACAACAACCAAUGCACCGAUAGAUGAUAAUUUCAAUAUCACAACAACUGUUAUGGCAAUGUCUACAACAUCGAAUGUAUCAGAACCAGUGUGCUUGUUUAAAUAUGAGCAGAUGCUAAUUGAUUCAUCAUGUUCAUUCAUAAGCUCACGUGCAACUGUUGUUACAGAUAUCAAUGGUGACAAUCACAUCGAUUUGAUAUUUUCUUGUGGUAGAAUUAUAGCUGAAAUGGUGCAUGUCUUACUCGGCAAUGGUAAAAGUUCUUUUCGACAAGUAUUCACGUUUCCGCCGAGCAAUUUUUUUUACGAGAUAAGUUGGAUUCGCGUUGCCGAUUUAAACAACGAUCAUCGAGCUGAUCUAGUUUUGGCUCAUUGCAAGUACUCCAAAAUAAACAUCGCUAUACUGUUUGGCAAUGGGAAUGGUACGUUUCAAAUGGACACUGGACGCUCUUUGCUUUUAACUAGUGUUAAAGAACAUGUCAGCAUAAUAGAUAUGAAUAAUGACACUAAGCUAGACCUCAUUGCUAUAGGUGAAUCCUCUAAUCGAAUCAAUGUAUAUUAUGGCAAUGGGAAUGGAACGUUUUCAUCACCAUCAGUCUUGUUGAUUGGGAUCAAUAGUGUUGCCAGCCAAUUAGCUGUUGCUGAUUUGGAUAAUGACAAUUAUUUAGAUCUCAUUGUGAUGGACACAGCUACUUUUAGUAUACAUGUGUUUUUUGGGAAUAAGGAUGGAAGUUUUCAACUACAUAAACGGUUAUUCGUCUCCACAACCACUUAUAAAACCACAAUGAUAGUCGCUGAUUUUGAUGGCGAUCUUCAAUCCGACAUUAUUUUAGCUCAGAGCCACAUAGAUACUGUUUUAGUGACCUAUCGAUAUAAUAAUGGUACCUUUCAUGAUAAGAAGCAAAUUGUUCUGAAAUCUGAAUUUCCAUUUGACUCAGUGGCCUUAGGUGAUUUAAACCAUGAUAAACUUUUAGACAUCGUUGUCACUAAGGAUGCUCGUUAUGAGAUCUAUGGCUUUCUUCAAGAUCGAAACGGUAAUUUUCAAGUUCAAACUAUCUAUUUAGGUGAAACAUAUGGUGAAGACCCCUGGAGUGAUGUGAAAGAUUUUAACAAUGACAACUGUCAAGAUAUAAUCAGUGCAUCGACUGAAUUUGAAAAGAGAAGCAUAUUUUUGAAUACGUGUGAAUGUCCUUGA